AUGGAAGCUGGCGCGAGCACGGGCACACGCCAGACCAGGUUUAUGAUGGACGGAGUCGGUGCCAGGGUUAUCCGUGGCCCCGAGUGGAAAUGGGGCAAGCAGGAUGGUGGUGAGGGACAUGUGGGUACAGUGAGAAACUUUGAAUCGCCAGAAGAAGUAGUUGUUGUCUGGGACAAUGGCACAGCAGCCAAUUACAGAUGCUCCGGAGCCUUUGACUUGCGAAUUUUGGACUCAGCACCCACUGGUGUGAAGCACGACGGAACCAUGUGUGAUACUUGUAGACAGCAGCCAAUAUUUGGCAUCAGGUGGAAGUGUGCCGAGUGCAAUAAUUACGACCUGUGUUCUAUUUGUUAUCACGGAGACAAACACCAUUUAAGGCAUAGGUUUUACAGGAUUUCCAUGCCUGGAAGUGAAAGAGUACUUUUGGAACCGCGAAGAAAGAGCAAAAAGAUUGCCACACGAGGUAUAUUUCCUGGAGCCAGAGUCGUCAGAGGUGUUGAUUGGCAAUGGGAAGACCAGGAUGGUGGCAAUGGUCGUAGAGGUAAAGUUAAUGAGAUCCAAGAUUGGUCUGCUGCAAGCCCGCGUUCUGCUGCCUAUGUCAUUUGGGAUAAUAGUGCCAAAAAUUUAUAUCGUGUUGGUUUCGAAGGCAUGGCUGACUUGAAGGUUGUAAAUGAUGCAAAAGGCCAAACAGUUUACAAAGAUCACUUACCUUUGCUGGGAGAACAAGGUGUACCUGGACGUGCUGGACCUCAUGGUCUCCAAAUAGGAGAUCAGGUCAAUGUCGAUUUGGAGUACGAAAUAGUUGAUACGCUUCAACAAGGACAUGGAGGAUGGACUGAUGGCAUGUUUGAGUGCCUAAGUGCCACUGGCACUGUAGUUGGUAUAGAUGAAGACCAUGACAUCGUGGUUUCUUACCCAAGUGGAAAUCGUUGGACAUUUAAUCCAGCAGUUCUCACAAAAGUUCAAAUAUCUAUGCCGGAAGCCAGCUCUACUUCGGACAAUCAGGCCUUUGCUGUUGGAGACUUGGUACAAAUUUGUAGUGACUUGGAUAAAAUAAAACUGUUGCAACGAGGCCAUGGAGAAUGGGCAGAAGCAAUGGCUCCAACCUUAGGAAAAAUUGGGAGGGUUCAACAAAUCUAUCACGAUGGAGAUUUAAAAGUAGAAGUCUGUAGUACAUCUUGGACGUAUAAUCCACAAGCUGUAAAAAAAGUGGCAAGCAGCGAUGGCAGUGUACCAGGAAACAGCAGUGGUGAACGACUCUCUGCACUUUUGAAAAAGUUAUUUGAAACUCAUGUAUCGAGUGAUGUUAACGAAGAAUUGGUAAAAACGGCUGCUAACGGUGAUUCUACGAAAUGUGAAGAAAUUUUGAAGCGUCCAGAGGCCGACGUAAACGGUAUUUUCUCUGGUCACACUGCGUUGCAAGCAGCAAGCCAAAACGGACACUUGGACGUGAUAAAAGUUCUCUUGAAGUGCAAAGCAGACGUUGAAAUAGAGGAUAAAGACGGCGACAGGGCGGUACAUCACGCCGCAUUUGGCGAUGAGCCGGCUGUAAUGGCUCUACUGGCUGGGGCUGGAGCUGAUUUAAACGCGCGAAAUAAAAGACGCCAGACCGCAUUGCACAUGGCCGUUAACAAAGGGCAUGCGGGAGUCGUUCGCACCCUAUUGGAACUUGGUUGUCAUCCUAGUCUGCAGGACUCGGAAGGGGACACGCCGCUCCACGACGCCAUAUCCAAGAAGCGCGACGACAUGCUGGCGCUGCUGUUGGACCACGCGGCUGACAUCACCCUCACCAACAACAAUGGCUUCAACGCCCUGCAUCACGCGGCUCUGCGCGGUAACCCGAGCGCGAUGCGUGUCCUGUUGUCGAAGCUGCCGCGGCCGUGGAUAGUCGAUGAGAAGAAGGACGACGGCUACACGGCUCUCCACCUGGCCGCGCUCAACAACCACGUGGAGGUCGCCGAGCAGCUCGCGAGGACCGGCAAGGCCGAUCUCGACCUGCAGAACGUCAACCUGCAGACGGCCCUGCACCUCGCGGUCGAGCGUCAACACACGCAGAUCGUUCGGCUGCUGGUACGCGAGGGUGCGAACCUCAACGUGGCGGACAAGGACGGGGACACACCGCUGCACGAGGCCCUGCGCCACCACACCCUGUCCCAGCUGCGCCAGCUCCAGGACGUCCAGGACGUGGGCAGGCUGUUAAUGGGACUGGGCACCCAGGGCCAGGACAAGAAGAGCAGCUCGUUCAUCGCGUGCUUCCUCGCCGCCCACGGCGCCGACCUCGAACUCAAGAACAAAAAGGGCCAGACCCCGCUCGACCUCUGCCCCGAUCCCAAUCUCUGCAAGACCCUCACCAACUGCCACAAGGACAAGGACGAGCACGACAUAGAGAGCGCGACCCCGUCCACGGGUAUCGACGAGUGCCUCGUCUGUUCGGAUGCCAAGCGCGAGGUUCUGUUCGGACCCUGCGGUCACGUCACUUGCUGCAACACCUGCGCGCCGCGCGUCAAAAAAUGCCUCCUCUGCCGCGAGAGCGUCACCGCCCGCACAAAGAUCGAAGAGUGCGUGGUGUGCUCGGACCGUAAGGCGGGAGUGCUGUUCCGGCCAUGCGGCCACAUGUGCGCCUGCGAUAGUUGUGCGGCCCUCAUGAAAAAGUGCGUGCAGUGCCGCGUACAGAUCCAACACAUGCUGCCCCUCUCCAUGUGCUGCGGAGGCGAGGGCGACGUCACUUACGUCAAAAACUGCAACGCCAACACAGCUGCGACGCUGAGCGAAUUGAAGACCAGCGACCCCGAGGACGACAAGGUGACCGCGAACAACACGACCCCCGUACUGCAACCGCCAGCCAUCAUCAGCCAGCCCGAGGGCACGCUCAUGAAUAACGGCAGCCGCGACACCUCCCACAGCGACAUCCAAAAGCUCCAACAGCAGCUGCAAGACAUCAAGGAGCAGACAAUGUGCCCGGUGUGCCUGGACCGACUGAAAAACAUGAUCUUCCUCUGUGGCCACGGCACGUGCCAAAUGUGCGGCGACCGAAUGUCCGAGUGUCCGAUAUGCCGCAAAGCCGUGGACAAGCGCAUACUGCUCUAUUGAACGAGCUAAGCUCCAUAUACGCCUGCUGCACCGUUGCCGAUAGUUACUGCUUAUGACAUGACACGCGCACAUUAAUGUUGACCAUUAACUUGCCACCACACCCCCUCUACCCCGUUCCUUUGAUCGAGCGUCGAAUUUUCCAAGUACCGUUUUUCCCUUUACCUUUUUUUUUUAAUAAAAUUAACAAAAACAAAAACACGUUGACGAGAGAGCAUUUGAGACUGCACCGCAAGCGUCGUCGUCAAACGCCGAAAAAUUACAGUGUGUACAAUAUCGUUACGGAGCAUAUUAUAUAAUAUCAUUGUACGAAAAGUUUUGUUUUCGUAAACAUUUCGAGCCAAAAUUAUUUUAUAUACGUAUAUUGUUGUGUAUCGAUUACGCAGGGGAAUAACAAAACAAAAAAAAAACUUUCUUCCUGAUUUUAAUUUUUUUUUUUUUUUUUUUUUCAUACGACGUUGUCCAUUUUUUGAAUCGAAUUUAAAACUGUUUAACUGUUUGUGUGGGCCAAAAAGUAUGCAAGUGUGAAUAAAAUUUUUUAUUCCGUUUUUACGUAUUGGUUAAUAUGUACUUUUUUAAAUACGAAACGACGAGUGACUUUUUUAUAUGUAUAUAUUGUGAUCUAUUUAGAACGUUGAUCAAACUAAUGGUCUGAUGUUUGUUUAGAAAAAUUUUAAAUAUAAUCAUUGCAAUACGGGACCCUUUAAAUUACCACCAUUUGGUUAUCUAAUUUUGUGUUUUUUAAUUAAAU